AUGGCCAUGUUACGGAAUGUAUCGCCCCUAUCGGUUAUUAGCGUUUACCACAUCAAAAACACUGACAUCGACGACAAAAAGGCCUUGGUCAAUGAUCUUGUCAGACGAGUUGUCCAAAAGGCAAUAUCUCAAAUAAAAACAAGGCAAUGUCUUGUCGACGAGUUCGCGACAUUGCGCAACGUGGCUGAAAGUCAAGGGGUUCUCCUCGAUGAGCAAGAUGAGAUACCCAACCUGCAAGGGGCAGUGAGAAGCGCCUCGGUUGAUCUGAGAUUUGACGCCCGCUGGAUCGCCGAGCGCCAUGUCAGACACCUUAUCCACCACGGUGGUCUCGCCGCAAACAAGUCUGUCAGGUACCACUUCCUCCCUAAAACUCGGUGGAUAAAUAUGAUUUCCCAGACACUUGCGGAUGGAUGGUUCUUGCCGGAAACAACCGUACUACAACCCGAUUUCAUGAAAUUACCCUAA